GCGAACGAGCGGCAUUGCAGCCCCCUCAUGCCCAGCACCCUCUCGUGCAGCCUCAGUGCCCACAUGAGCCCUUAAAAGUGUGGGUGUGGCGGUUCGCUUCAGUCACCAGCUCCUCCCGCUUGCGACGAACGUUUAGGCCAUGUCUUGGAACCCGAACCACAGCGGCUACGGCGUCGCGGACUGGAAUGCCUACGGGCCCAACGGCAUGUGGAACAUGAUGUCGAUGUUCCCCGGGCUCCUUGCCGGGGCGGGAAUGAGUCACCCGGGUUACAUGUACCCCGGGUCGGGCUACCAGGGGUCCAGCGUGUCCCACACAGCGGGGUUGCCCCACCCUGCCGCCCUGCCGCACUCUUCCGCCUUGAACCACGCGGCCGCCCUGCAGCGACAUCUCGUUCCGGCCGCCGAGACGUCCCCGCCGCUGUCUCCGGCCACGCAUCCUACGGCUGCCAUGUACAAGCCGCCCUCUCCUCACGCGGGUGUGGAUCCUACAGCGUACGUCCCCGUCACGCCCCCGCACUCUCCCACGUCCGCCACCUUCGACCAGAGGUUUGCGUAUCCUUCUCUGCCCGGCGCCCAAGUCGCCCAGCGAAGCGUCGUGCCCACACCUUUCGUGGGCGCGGGCCGAGAGCCCGUGACCGCUCCCCCGCUCGGUACGACCGUUGUGGAUGUCCCCACGCGAGACGAGAACGGCCGCAAGCUGCCCCGCUGGAUGAUCAAGCGCGCCAUGUGCACCAUUUGCAGCAAGAGGUUCGAGAGCCGCCACAAGCUGCAGCUGCAUCUGUACUCCCACACUGGCGAGCGGCCCCACGAGUGCGAAGUCUGUGGCAUGCGGUUCGCGCGUAAGUUCUGCUACAAGCGGCACCUGAAGACGCACUCAGCCAGCAGGCCCCACGUGUGUCCGAGGUGCGGCCGCGGCUUCCGUGAGAAAUACGACAUGGAGACGCACAUGAUGACGGAGGUGUGUCUCAAGCAGGCGAAAGCAGAACACUUAACGAGCGCUUUUCUUAACGAAGACAUUCCCGUGUCUGAGAAUACCCAGGAAAUUCGGAAGUUAGCCAGUCACCUUGUGCUCCCGAGGCCGCUGGAGGGAGUCGGAACCAUGCCGGCGUCUUCUCGGACGUAGUUUCUACUGCUUAUCUUCUGGUAAAUUUUAGUCUACUGUACAUACUGUAUGUAGGGUUUUAUCAUGAACAGUGCUGUGAUUUUAAUGCAUGUAAAUAAAU